AAGCUUGUCGGGAGAGUACAGAGAGGAGAAUAUAUAUAUAUAUCGCUUAAGUAAAUUACUCAGGGAGUUGUCCAAAACAUCCCAGAUGACACUACUGUCCUGUUGAAUGGUCUGUUUUACGACUGGGCAGUAAAAGUUCCACCAGGUUAGAAGAGUGAUGACCAUCCUGUUCCUUACUAUGGUUAUUUCAUACUUCAGUUGCAUGAGAGCUGCGCCCCUGAGAGACGCCCCGGGCAUGCGGGGCCAUCGGACGGAAGGCUACUUGGGCGCCGCUGCGACGGCCGCACGAGGCCACGGGACUCCACAGAGUGGUGGUGGGCCAGGCCAGCGCGGGGAACUGCCCUCACUCACAGACACGUUUGAGCAGGUGAUAGAGGAGCUGCUGGAGGUGGAGGGAGAGGCGGCACAGCUGGGACAGGGGGCUGAUAAGAGCCAGGGAGGUGGGGGCCCAUCCUCUGUGGUCACCACAGAGACCAAGGAUGUCGACCUGUACGACUCGCGGGUGAUGAUCAGCAACCAAGUGCCUUUGGAGCCGCCGUUGCUCUUUCUUCUGGAGGAAUACAAAAACUAUCUGGAUGCCGCUAAUAUGUCCAUGAGGGUGCGGCGACACUCCGAUCCCUCACGGCGUGGAGAGCUCAGUGUGUGUGACAGUAUUAGCCAGUGGGUGACAGCUGUGGAUAAAAAGACGGCAAUAGACAUGUCUGGGCAGACAGUUACCGUCAUGGAAAAGGUCCCUGUCCCCAAUGGCCAACUGAAGCAAUACUUUUAUGAGACCAAAUGCAACCCCAUGGGGUACACAAAGGAGGGCUGCAGAGGAAUAGACAAGCGGCAUUAUAAUUCCCAAUGCAGGACAACCCAGUCCUACGUGCGAGCGCUUACCAUGGAUAGCAAAAAGAAGAUUGGCUGGCGGUUUAUAAGGAUAGACACUUCAUGUGUAUGCACAUUGACCAUUAAAAGAGGGAGAUAG